UUCCGUUAUAAAGUUCAGUCCUUUCAAACAAAAGUUAGAUCUCAUAUUUACACUCAGCUGUUGUGUUAACGCCUUGUAUUUUUUUCUAUAAAAUGUUCAUUACAAAAUAAUUUGAUUUUUCUGUAUAGAACCUGAAAAAUGGCAGUAAUUCAAUAUUAUGUAGUUUACCUUAUUAUAUUAAUACAUUGUUCGAAUGUGCUCCUAGAGGAUGAAUAUUGUAUAGAACAGUUUGCAGAACGCCUAUGUCAGCCUCAAUAUGAAAUAUACAAGGAAACAAGUUUAGAAUUAGUUAGCGUGUUAUUCAAUCGCGGUGACCGAUAUUUGGAAGAAGCAGAAAGAACAUCGUAUCGUUAUCUGCUUAAUGAGUCAGAUAAAAGAGUCAUGCCUGAUCCGGACUUUUACGGUCCUUUAAUUAAUAUUGGCAAAAGAAGAGCCUACGAAUUAGGAAAAUUCCUAAGGAAAAGAUACGAUCGUUUUCUUGGAGACACUUACAAUCCAGCAAACGUCUACGCACGUAGCACUCAAUCUGCCAUAAACAAGAUGAGUUUACAAUUAGUUCUUGCAGGGCUUUAUCCGCCUGUUAAUCAGCAAAAAUGGAAUUCAGAUCUAGAUUGGCAACCAUUCGAUAUGACAUAUGCUCAUUGGUUAAACGAUUCUCUCGUGCAACCCUAUAUAUGCUUUCGAUUUUAUCCAGUAUCAGUACGGCAACAGUAUGAAAAAGAAAAACAAUUUUUGCAAAAUAAAAUAAGCAUUUUUAAUGAAACAAUGGUUACAUUGUCUGAAUAUACAAAAAAAAAUAUUACCUCUAUAGACGACCUUAUCAAUUUAUAUCGUUUAUUUAAUGUAUAUUUAUCCUUGGGAAAAAGUUUACCACAUUGGGCAGAAAAGAUGAUGCAACCACAGGGUGAGCUUUACCGAGCGUCUAUUUUGGCUCAUAUGAUAGGUUCUUAUCCUAUUCAUCUUAAUGGAGGUACAAUAUUAUACAAAGUACUUAAAGACAUGAAAGCGAAGAUGAAUCAAAAGUUAACAGAUAAAAAGAUCAAUCUCUUUUCUGGAAAUGGCUUAAAUGUGGCUGCAGUUCUUUAUGCUCUAAAGUUAUUCAAUGACACAAUGCCUCAAUAUACCAGCAGCGUUAUUAUAGAAUUGCAUAAAAAGGACGGCAAUUAUUUCGUUCAGAUACUAUAUUAUUUAGGUAUUCCACCAGUUCUAGUAAAAAAAACACUUCACAAGUGUUCUACGUUAUGUCCGUUUGAUAUGUACGUUCAGUUGACUAAAUCUGCAACGAUGACUGAUGAUGAUCCAAAUUGCCCGAUUGAUGAUUCAGCUCGGAAAAUGGCCAAUGCUCAAUCUUUUGUGGGUUAUUUCAUCAUGCUGAUAUUUUAUCUUUAUAUAUUCACAAUACAAGAAACUGCUGCUUUCUCAGAAAAAACAAGAGCCAACUAUGAAGUAAAUGUCGAGAACACAAAUUUACGGCUCGUUAGCAUGAUAUUGAGACACGGCGAUCGGACAUUGGACGAUGAAAUAAAAAAAUGGUUUCCAAAUGACCCAAAUAAAAAUUACAAUGACUAUCCAAACAACAAUGGCCUUUUAACUGAGGCUGGCAAGGAAAGAGCGUUUCAAUUUGGACAGAUGCUAAAAAAAACUUACGGUCGUUUCCUCGGAGAUAUAUAUUACCCACCAAAUGUUUACGCACGUAGCUCGGCAAUCCCCAGGACCAAGAUGACUCUGCAAUUAAUACUCGCGGCACUUUACCCGUCUGUUAAAAGUAAAAAAUUGAAUGCGAAGUUGGGUUGGCAGCCAGUAGACAUGAUAUACACCCGUGUGUCUGAAGAUGGUUUAAUAUUUCCAUACCACUGUAAAGAAUAUGAGCAAGCUUACGUUAACAUACUAAAAAGUAACGAAGUGAAAAUAAAAAAUAAUUUUGGUAAUCUGAUGGAAGAUUUGUCAGAACAUGUAGGAAGAAAUAUUACUAGUCUUUUCGACCUCUAUGUUUUAUAUAAUAUUUUCCUCAUACAAUUAUCCAUGAACCUAACUUUGCCUGACUGGUCACGCGAUAUAUUUCCACGCGGCAAACUUCAGGAUGCCAGUCUUUUCCAAUUGAAAUUGUACAACUACAAUGACGAGCUUAUUAAACUUAAUGGGGGUGUAUUAUUGUAUAAAAUAAUCCAGGACAUGAUUGGAAUAAUGAAUGGAACUUUAGCAAAUAGAAAAAUCAAUAUCAUUUGCGGACAUGACGUAAACGUAGUGGCUAUGCUUUACGUUCUGGGUAUAUACGAUAACAGUUUUCCAGCGUUUACCAGCAGCGUCAUCAUGGAACUACGAGAAAAGGACGGCAAAUAUUUUGUCCGAGUGCUACGUUACUUAGGUAUACCGUCAUCUUUAAUAGAAGUAAAAAUUCCCGAGUGCGAUCCGCUUUGCCCGUUCGAGAAAUUCGUUCGUCUGAGAUUAUCGAUGACUGCUGUACGCGAAGACCCAAACUGUCCGCUGUCGAUUCCUUUGUUCUAAGGACGAUCUGUAUAGUCGCGAAUGAGAAUUAUUAUUCACGCUAUGCAGCGACGAUUUGUUUUGUGUUUUACGAGAGCUGCUCCAAGCUACCAGCACGUAGUUCAGAGUUUCGCCCCGUAAGUUUGUGUAAUCUUUUUAACCGGCCGUUAUAUUACGAUGGUGCUAUCUGGCGACGGCGCGUUUCGUUACGUUUCCUCAUUAUACGCGAUAUCGUGGCGUUGAAAACUAGAUGCCCAUACGCGCGAUCGCGGAAAGUUAAGUUCGUUAAGUAUGCCCGUAGUCGUGUCUUAUCGAGGACACGGAGCUCAGAUCCUCCGCCUACCGUGCCGCGGCAUAACAAUUACCCUAUUAUUUCGCACACACCACCGCCGGCAAUUCGUUGGGCCUAUACGCCGCGCAUUUCCGUUUCGAGAUACACCUCUGACUUCCAUUAAGGGUAAAUCUUUUCGGUCGUUGCGUAAGCUGAUAUCAGCGUUCAGGUUUAAUCCUGCCAUUCGGUGUUAUCAACACUCGCGUCAACGUCGACGGACAUUACCUGAAAUAUAUCCGUCGUUUGUGCUCUUUUCCACAGAGUGCUUCAUCUGUUAGGAUAAUCUGAUUAUUGUAAAUUAUUUCGUUGCAAUUAAGGCUCAAUGACGAGGAUACAUUAUGUAAUAUCGACAGACGAUUUCUGUAAAAUGUAGGAACUACAGCAAAUAAUAUCUUGUGCGAGCGCAGAAUUAGAGAGAUUGUUCUUUGAAUUUUUAAAAUUAUCACAGAACUCGUCGCUGGAAGAAUAGGAGGCUUCAGCUAUUCUAAAGACGAACUUCGUCUCCCUUUUUCCCUUUUCUUUCGUGCCGGACCAUCCUUUUCUAUUAUCCCUUUUUCUCCUGUAAUCCUUCCCUCGCUCCUUCGGGAUAAACUCUUGAAAUUUCCGAGAGUUGCCCGGAUGAGAAGAACCAGUUCCGCACUCCUAAUUCUGCGGAAUUAAACUCGCGAAAUCGUUCUAAUUGCGGACACAGAGUGCCGGGGCACUUACAUCGAAUCCUAGCUAGUUGUAUUGCAUUUUCCUGAUGUAACAUUACGAUCGAAUUAAUCACUACAAUUGAUCGUCAACAAGUAGUUGUUGGAUUAUACUUAAACCGGAAAACGCGCUAAUCUGUUAAUCAAUUAAUUUAAUCAAUUAAUUUACAACCGAUGGAAAAAGCACUUUUUUAACAAAUAUAAACUUCUUUUAAAAAUCUCAAAAAUCCUAAAAAGCAUGAAAAAGUGUUGACUCAAUACUCCUAUAUACUUUCAAUCCUAACCUAAUAUCCUAAUGAUAUUAAUCGUUAAAUCGACAAUAAAUUAAUUGUUAAAUCGACGAUAAAGUAAUUGUUAAAUCGACGACAAAUUGACGCGGAAACCUGAUUGAUUGAAUCAACAAUUAUACACGUUUAGAGACAUUUUGUAUUUAUAUUGAAAUAUCUCUCUCUCAACUCAUGUAAAAAGUUUUAAUAUACUUGCGUUAAUUUAACAUUUUUUUUUUAUUACUCUGUAUUCAUAUUCACCAUG